AACACCUCCUACAAAGCAAGCCGCCCCUUACAGAUAGUCCUGGCACUCAUUGGGGCGGGAGCCUUCGAGGGGUCUAUCCGGUGGUGGGCUCGUAAGCACCGCGCUCACCAUCGAUACACCGACACGGUCAAAGAUCCAUAUUCCGUCCACAAGGGCCUUCUAUACGCUCAUAUCGGGUGGUUGGUAAUGAGGCAGGACCCCAAGCGAGCUGGCCGGACAGACACUCCAGAUCUGGAUUUGGACCCUGUUGUGGUCUGGCAGAACUCUUAUUUCUUGUGGAUUGCUCCUGUGAUGGCAUUACUUCUGCCAAUUUCUGUUCCGGGUGUAUUAUGGGGGGACUGGAAGGGUGGAUUUGUAUAUGCCGGGCUUCUGCGCAUGGCAUACAUCCACAACGUAACAUUUUGCGUCAACUCAUUAGCGCACUACCUCGGCGAGCAACCGAUUGAUGGGCGUAAUUCACCACGAGACCAUCUUCUCACGGCGAUGAUCACACUAGGGGAGGGGUACCAUAACUACCACCAUGCAUUCCCAUCCGAUUAUCGCAACGGGAUUAAAUGGUGGCAAUGGGAUCCUACCAAAUGGGUCAUUUGGACGUGGAAGCAGCUCGGUCUAGCCUCGGAAUUGCAGCGCUUUGACGACCCAGACAUCGAAAAAUGUCGUCUUCGCCAGCAGCAGAUUGUGCUGAAUCAGGAGAAGGAACAUUUCGACUGGGGUGUUCCAAUCGACAUUUUACCUGUGAUGUCAUGGGACGACUACCAAGAGCAGACAAGUGUGCGAAAGAAAUCUUUGGUUGCGAUUUCUGGUGUCGUGCAUGAUGUGGGUGAGUUUAUGGAGAAGCAUCCAGGAGGGAUUAACAUGAUCAAGAGUGGGAUUGGAAAAGAUGCUACUUCCAUGUUUAAGGGCGGGGUCUACGAUCAUUCUGGGUAUGCCCAUGACAAACUGGCCACCUUGAGAGUGGCAGGACUUAGGACUAGAUGA